GGGGAGUUGAUCCACUUUAACUUUCUCAGAGACAGUAAUAACAACCCGUCAGUAAGAGGUUUAUUCCCUGCGUGGAGCUCACCUCCGUGUCCGUGGAUUGUAGCCUACGACUAAAGACUACCGUGAUUUUACAAGAGAAGAGACAGAGUUUAUUCUGGGGAUCUCCAGCGUUUUGAUGCUACAUUCCAGAAGCUUCUGCUGACCUCAGAGGACCAGACUGCGUACAAAAAUCACAUUUUUCAUUCUUUUAUCUCAUGGAUAUGGCUUUUCUGUGCAGGAGGGGAAGAAAGUGGGAGCUGAUUUGAGGUCAAUGCCUUUCUCCUCUCACCUCUGAGUCACAAGUCACCCUGAGGAGCUGCUAUAUUUACAGGGAGAGACCUAAAUAUUCCCCUGGCAUAUAAACCCUUGAUAGAUUUCUGCAUAAAGAGGCAUUGAAUUCAGUGAGCGUAUUUUCUAAAGAAAAAUGCCAGCAAAGACACCCAUCUACCUGAAAACUACGACCCCUAAGAAAGGUAAGAGGCAGAAGCUGCGGGACAUCCUCUCAGGGGACAUGAUCAGCCCCCCGCUAGGCGACGUUCGUCACAGCGCACACGUAGGACCUGAAGGCGAAGGGGACAUGUUUGGGGACAUCGGUUUCCUCCAGGGUAAAAUGGACAUGCUGCCAUCCCUGAGCCGGCCGCAGAACGGCCACGCCCGCUCCCACAGCGUGGAGAGACACAUGGGCGAGGGGUUCGCUGCCAGACACGAGACUCACAGCUACGCCUACAACGGCUUCCACUACCAGCACUCCUCUAACGGCCUGCUGAAAAACACUGUUUCCAUGCCAGUUUCCAUCGCCCACGAGCAGGCCCCGCCCAAACCGCCGCGCCUCCACCUGGAUGACCACGCUCCUCCCCCUCUGCAGCCUCAGCAGCAUCCUGAACCAAGCCAGUAUGACCUCCAGUCGCCUGGUGUGGCUUCAGAGCCCUGCAGAGACAUAGCCAUCCCUCCAACCAUGCGCAGGCUCGUCCCUUCCUCCGGCUCCUUCUCCGAGGUCUCCUCUGAAGACUCCAUGUCUGAGAUCUGCGGGCUCCAAGAUGUUCGCCGGGGCCUUAGCCUGGACUCUGACGCUGGCCUGAGCAAUGAGGACCUGAGGAGCGAGCAGAGCGACUCGCCCUGCGCCGCCUUCCAUCCGGCAGCCAUCACAGCCUCAUCUGGGGUGCUGCGGUCCGACUCCAUGGCCAGAUUGGACCUGGAUCUGGGCCCAUCCAUCCUGGACGAUGUCCUGAGUAUCAUGGACCGCUAUAAGACUGACGACAACCGCUGCGAGCUGUGAGGACAGAACUGUGAUGCUGACAUCUCUUAACAUGCUCAAAUAUGUUUUGUGAAAAUAAUGGAUGAAGGGAUUCAUCUAUUCUGGAACAUUAUGAAGUGCAGGACUGUCGCUGCUUAAGACACUUCUUCAGAACCUAAGCCCAUCAUGAAAACUGAAAAAUGCCUCUAGAGGACUUACUGCUCCCUUUUCUGCUCUCUUAAUAUUUAAACAUGCGAUAAAGACACUUGGAGUGAGAAACCAAACAGAUGCACAUUUAUUAUUAGAAACUACUCUAGAUAUACAUCUCCACUGCAGAGCUCAUAUCUGCCUAAUUCAAAAACAGCUUUAUGCCAUCUUCUGUCCAAUAACGUCUUCUCAGAGUUGCAGGUGAAAUGUGACUAACUUUAGAUGUUAUUUUGUCAGAUUUCAGUCGCCGCCUGCUGUUGCUAAACAGCAGCAACAUCUUUCUGACAUUAUUUCAUUUCUUUAAGAAAAGAAUCUCAGGAUCUCUAUUUUUGGUUUGGAAGCUUUAAGUGUAAGAAAAUAAAAGCAGAUGGUGUCGAUCACCCUCUGCUUAAAACGCCCUACUUUGUGAAGGCUUUGUUUCAGCCUGCCUGACAUGGAUUUUCUUCAUUAUCACAGUAGCCUACCAUUGAAAUGUCAUUUAUUCUGUAUAUAUCUAUGUAAAUCUAAAAUAAAGAUAUUCCAUUUUUUGAAAAUCAG